GAAAAAUGUAAUAAGGACAUCAAGAAGGAACCGAGGCAAGAGGGAACCCAGCAAGCAGAUAAGAAUCAAUCUUACCUCAACAAUGACGUCGUUCAAACCUUUGUUAAGAGUGGCUGUAGAGGAGUGGAUUCCUUGGACCAAAGUCGUUGAACAGAAGAAUGGGACCAUCAGACUGGAAGGACCCAUGGCCAGCCUUCUUGAGAUCUUGGCAGACAAGAUCAACUUUCACUACGAGCUGGUGCAGCCGUCAGACCACAUAUGGGGCUCCCCACAGCACGACGGGUCUUGGAGCGGGCUUCUGGGGAUGCUGUACAGGCAGGAGGUUGAGUUUGCUGUGGGACCUUUCGUACCCACUAUACCUAGGAAAAAUGCUUGUGACUUUUCGUUCCCUUUCUAUACUGACGACGGCGCUAUUUUCAUGAUUCGACCAAGCCUAAAUAUUAACGAUGUCUCGGGAUUCCUGAAGCCCUUCAAUAUGCAGGUGUGGUUACUGACUGUGGUGAGCCUGGUGGGAGUGGUGGCGACGCUGGCCUUGCUGGUGCAGGCGGAGGACAAGAUCUACAGCACCACCACACGCGACACUCUCAUUACGGCUGGCCUCUGGGGAGUUAAAACUCUCACGCAACAAGGCUCUUUGUGGAUGCCAAAAAGAGACGCCGGCCGCCUUAUAGCGACCACGUGGCUCCUGGCGUCCUUUGUGUUCAUGUCCUGCUACAGUGGCAUCCUCACGGCCAUGCUGACUCUCCCUCAAGUCACAAUCCCCAUAGACUCCCUGGCGGACCUGGUGGCCCAGACUCGCUUGCCCUGGCGGCUGGAGGCCGGUUCGAUGCUCUAUGAGUAUUUUAAGGCGUCUGAUGAUAUCGUCAGAAGAAAGGUGUUCGAGGGCGUCUCCGGCACCUUCCAGGACUGCUGGGCUUCGAAGCAGGACAUAGCUAAGGGGAAGUUCGCUGCCAUCUGCGACAGGACCACUAUGAAGAUGGCCAUGUCCUGGGACUUCAGCACCAGCGGCCAGUGUCACCUGUACAUGUCCCGAGAGACCGUGUUAAACAAUGGUGUGCUUACAAUGGCCUUCAGGUUUAACUCUACCUACCACACUCAGGCCAACAAAAUCAUACUAGCUGUGAAAGAGUCAGGCCUCCUGGAUAAGUGGCUGGCAGAGCAGAUCACCAACACCAGCCAGUGUCUCCGGCCCCCGACCUCUGAUCGAGGAGGGGGCAUCGCCCCCCUCAAUAUUGAAGCCUUCUCUGGACCAUUCCUAAUGCUCGCUGCAGGGUUGACAGCGGGCCUUCUCAUCCUCCUGUCAGAGAACGCUGUCUGGCGGCUGAAUAGGGAGGUGUUCAGCACAUCUUUAAGAUGCUGA